AACCCUGGCCAAAUCCUGACAGUCUGCCAUUCAGGCCUUGACAAUGCAUAGAAGGAAUGAUGCAUGUGUUUGUGUAUCCACCCCACAUGUACACUAAACCUUAAAUUCAACCUCUCCCUGCCUCAUCAAGCUCUCCUCUCACUCAGGAAGGUGGCAGGUCUAAGAGCUACUGCUACUGGCCAAAACUGGGCUCCAAGGACAACUCAGCCACCCACGGUAAAUUAAAAUGUGACCACUAAGUUCCGUGCGGACUCAAGCUGCUACGCCAUCAUGGAGUUAAAGGUAAAACACCUGCUGUCGGGCCAGGAGGGCGCUGUAUGGCACCUGCAGUACACAGACAGGCCCGACCACGGCUUCCCCAAAUACGUUCAGGUGUUCUUUUCAUACCUGGAGGAGAUCCAGUCACUGAGGAGACACACUGACAGCAUGCUGGACACCUCCAAGAGCCUUAACACCCCUGUGGUGGUCCACUGUAGAGCUGGCGUUGCCUGCACCGGGGUCUUUAUCCUCAACAAACUCAUGAUCAGCUGCCUUGAACACAACGAGAGGGUGGAGGUCCCUAUAAUGUUGGGUCACUUCAUGCAGCAGAGGAUGCUCAUGGUCCAGACCAUCUCCCAGUACAAGUUUGUUUACGAGGUCCUCAUCCAGUUUCUCAAGAAUUCACACCUAAUCUGUACCCUUACUUCUGACCUCUGACAUGGUCCCACAUGGCCUGACACAAGGGCAAUGUAAUACUGGUACAGCAAAUAACUCCUAAGAUCUUUGGGCUUAUGCACAGUGUUGACACCCACGUCAUGGUCCUAAGAAGGCUGGGUAGGGGUGAGUAGCAUGGUGAUGACCUCGCUCAGCCCUGUGAUAGGCUAGGAGGAGUUUCUGGCAUAUUGCUUACAUCCAUCUAGUCCUAUUAUGGGCAGGGGAAAGUAAUUAUGUUUUCGGAUUUGAACACAGCCAGUGACAACUGCUUUUUCCAAACAAGCUAUUGACAAAGAGUGUAUAUUUCAUACAUCCACAUUUAAUCUGAAAAGCGUCCGACCAUUCAGUCUGUUUCUAUUCUUUAUGUUGGAGCUAGAUGGCUUUUCUUUGUAUUUGUGUCAGCCUCUCUGGCCUAUGUCUGGUCAAUGGAGAAACCUGAGAGGGCUAUGGAAAUGGUACAGACCAGAUAAGCAUGCUAUAUGUUAGCAUUUAAAGUCACAUGCUAAAGGAUGACCGUUUGAUUUUAAAAACAGGUAAGAAACUACCAAGUAAACCCAGGAGAUAAUUCUCAGCAUUUUCAUAUGUAUUCCUCUAAAACAAAAUAUUUUGUAUUAACUUAAAAAUAUAUAUUAUUUCCCAUUUCAUUGUCAUGCAAUUUCAAAUGUAAGGGUAAUGCACCCUUGCUGAUCAAAGUGAACCGAAAUGUAUGAACAGGUUAUACAUUUAAAUUUUUGUAUAGCCCUGUAUUGUUAAAACAAGAAACUGUAUUUCUUUCACCCAGUCAAUUAGAUUACACAUUUCCAUUCAUUUCUCCAUUGAAAAUAAGGUAAAGUGAAGGUGUAAAAUGUCAGGUGUUACUUAAAAAAAACAGGAGAGGGCACUGUUGUUUGCGAUCAAGUAUUCUAAGUCCACUAAGUCCAUAAACCUUUCUAAAUCUAUGGUAAGGCAGACAUUUGUAAUAUAGAGUGAAGACUUGUUUCAAAAUUUCAAUAUUUAAUAUCAUUAUAAUUUAAUUUUUUUACUUUUAUUUCUCCUAAAGCCAAAGUCAUCUUCUUCCUGGAUGUGGAUUAUUGGAGAGCAUGUUGACAGAUCCUCUUUGCAACUAGUUCUGUGGUGGUUGAAGUAGAAUCGUAGAAUCGGUCGAAAGUUGUUGUCUUACACAAAUAGUACAACUAUUUCCCUUCAAGUAUUCCACUCUCCGCUCACCUACUUCCAGAUAUUUCUUCUUGAGCAAUAGUAAAUCAAGAUACAUAUAUAUAUAUAUAGUGUAUAUAUAG